ACUGGUCCUGGUCCAGUGAUACUUACCGCAAAUGUCCAACGAUCUCCAUCAGCUUUUACUGGCACAUACAGCAAUGGAGUAUUCCUAUGCGGUGGUAGUGAACCAUCUGGUGGUUCUUGCUCUGGAAAUGGUCAAUGUCCAUCUGGACAUCUCUGCAUGGCUGGUAAUGUUUGCUGCCGUUGUGCAGUUGGUGCAAGCUCAGGCACAUGUCCAUCAGGUAGCGAUGCAGAGUGUCCCAUAGGUUACGCUUGCUCAACAACACUGAGCUGUUGUCCUAGUCAGGUGAAUAAUGAAAUGAUGACAUCCCUUGACAUUUCGAACAACGCUAACUUUUUCAGCUCAAUCGUGGAUUAA